GGGAGGAGGAGGAGGAGGAGGAGAAGCGACGGAGGAGUGUGGGCGGCGGCGGCGGCGGCGAGAUGAAGGGGGGCACGGUCCAGAUCAAUUGGCACGAGACCAAGCCCGUCCUAACCCUAGAUUUCCACCCCAUCUCCGGCCUCCUCGCCACCGGCGGCGCCGAUUUCGACAUCAAGCUUUGGCUUUUAGUUUGCGAAGAGCAGAAGAAAGGUCCUGUAGCAGCCUAUCAGGACAGUCUCACGUACCACAGCUCUGCUGUAAAUAUCCUGCGCUUUUCUCCAUCAGGGGAAUUACUGGCCUCUGGUGCUGAUGGAGGAGAGCUGAUCUUAUGGAAGUUGCACAUAGGUGAAGCUGGUCAGACGUGGAAAGUUCUCAAGACAUUAUCGUUUCAUCGGAAGGACGUUUUGGACCUUGAAUGGUCUAAAGAUAGUGCAUUUCUGAUUUCAGGAUCAGUUGAUAAUUCUUGCAUUAUUUGGGAUGUUAAUAAAGGAUCAGUUCGUCAGAUUUUGGAUGCUCAUUUGCAUUAUGUUCAGGGGGUCGCAUGGGAUCCAUUGGCUAAAUAUGUGGCUUCUCUCAGUUCAGAUAGGACCUGUCGAAUUUAUGUCAAUAAGCCUCAGAUAAAAGGAAAGAGUUCAGAGAAGAUGAAUUAUGUCUGUCACCAUGUUGUCUCCAAGGUAGAACCCCAGCAACCAGAUGAUUCAAGGCCUGUGAAAAGUCAUCUCUUUCAUGAUGAGACAUUACCAUCAUUCUUUCGAAGAUUAGCCUGGGCACCAGAUGGAUCCUUUUUACUUGUGCCUGCUGGUUCUUACAAAUUAUUGCCUUCAGCAGAACCUGUAAAUACUGCUUACGUAAUUUCUAGAAGAGAUCUUUCAAGACCUGCUAUACAGCUCCCUGGAGCUAGCAAACCUGUUGUUGCAGUUCGUUUCUGUCCUGUGGUAUUUAAUCUUCGAGGAUCCAACUCUGCUGGGUUUUUCAAGCUCCCUUAUCGCAUUGUUUUUGCCGUGGCUACUUUGAAUUCCUUGUACAUCUAUGACACGGAAAGUGUCCCACCAAUAGCAGUUUUGGCUGGUCUUCACUAUGCAGCUGUAACUGAUAUUGCAUGGUCUCCAGAUGCCCAUUUCUUAGCACUUUCUUCUCAAGACGGCUAUUGUACCUUGUUGGAAUUUGAAAAUAAUGAAUUGGGGUCCCCUGCCUUCAUAUCAGCGGAGAAUAUUGUGGAGGAAAAGAAAAUUGAUGAGCAGAAGGCGGAGGUUUCAAUUGAAUCUACUACCAGUGACGAAAACAUGAAGGCUCAGGCAGACAAGGGAGAUGUUAAGGAGGUGUCUCCUACUGUAACGAGCUCUUCUGUCUCAAAUAAGCAGGCCAAGAGGCGCAUUACUCCAAUGGCAAUUGAUUAGACAUAAAUUGUAAAUGUUUUUUUGUAUAAGUAUGUUUUAUUUGAUUACCUUAUGUUACAUCCACAUUGCUUCCAAUGGCAUAUGGAGAAAAAGUUACUACUCA